AUGGAUUGGGGCUGUGUUGGAUGCGUGGUCAUGUGCCCAGCAUAUGACCCCGACAAUACCCUCGUAUUGCCCUCUCCAUCUUCCUUCAGAACUCUUCUUCAUAUCUCCAAGGGAUUUGGCGGUCCUGCGAAAAUAUAUCGAUGCAAACGUCAAAGCAGCAUUCUCCACGCGCGCGAUCAUGUGCAACAGGAACUUGGUGCGUAUGCGCCGAGCUCUUGUUGGUUCCUGCUGAAUUCCGUGCUAGUCGUCACACUAUCGACGGCUGUGGAGCACCUGGAAGGUGGAGAAUGA